AUGGACGAAGACCUUUUGGAUCCUGCUUACGUAUCGGACCGCUUGUCUCGUCCACCAUUCGUUACCCUUCCUGGUGUGGUCAACGUCCGGGAUCUUGGCUCUUACCCCACGGAGUGUCCAGGAUAUAUCACGAAACCCGGGCUCAUCUAUCGCUCUGGAGAAGUAUCGUUCAUAACCGAAGAAGGAAAACAGCGCCUACGUGACCUUGGCAUCACUACAGUGUAUGACCUACGCUCUGACACGGAAAUGGAGAAAUACGAGACUCCUAUCCCUACUAUCGAAGGCGUACAGGUCCCCGAGGCGAUGACUCAGCGAUUCGAGCUCUAUGCAAGUGGCAAAAUCGAAUCUUUCAUGACCCUCUACUCUCAAAUCCUAGACCACGCCGGUCCUUCUUUCGGAGUGGUUCUCCGUCACAUAAGAGAUUUGCCACAGCAAGGCUGCCUCUUCCAUUGUACCGCGGGGAAAGACCGGACAGGAGUACUUGCCGCUCUCCUUCUCAAGCUUGCUGGUGUCAACGAUGGCGCUAUCGUUGAGGAUUAUGCUCUCACUCGAAUAGGACGAGAACCAGUCCGUCCAAUGAUCAUGGAACGAUUGGCGAAGAUGCCGUAUUUCGCGACCAAUUCCGAGCGUGCCAUGAAUAUGUUGUCAUCUCGGCCUGAAACCAUGGUUGCAUUCUUGCAAAUGCUGCGGGAUCGCUAUGGUGGAGUUGAAGUGUAUCUGAGGAACACCGUCGGCCUGACCGACGAGGACGUAGCCACCAUACGAAGGAACCUUACGACUCCUCUGAGCCGGAGUUGA